AUGGCGGACCGCAUGCGAUUUGACGAGUCACAGAUACAGUCUUAUUAUAACCGUAUCGCACUACCAGAAGACAAGCGCCAUUUCUCUGUAACAUCACUUUCGGAUGUGGACAAACUCAUGUAUCUGGACCUUCUGAAGAAACACCAUCUCGUCACCGUCCCCUUUGAGAACUUGACGCUGCACUACUCAUGGCACCGCGUCAUCGACGUCAGCAUCCGACAUCUCUUCAGCAAGAUCGUCACGUACAACAACGGACGCGGCGGGUACUGCAUGGAGGUCAACUCGCUCUUCCACAUAUUACUGCUGUCGCUAGGCUACGAUGUCUUCAUGGCGGGGGCCAGGGUCUACUCGCCCGAGCGCAAGGUGUACGGCGGGUUUUCGCAUUGCGUCAACAUCGUCAACAUCGGCGGCGUUCGGUACUUCGUUGACGUGGGCUUCGGAGCCAACGGUCCUCUGUUUGCAGUACCGCUGCAACUGGGCCAGGAGCAUGUGCAUGUUACACCUGCGAGGGUAAGGCUGGUCCGCGAGCCAAUUGUGCAGAAUGUGAAUCAGGACAGCAAGGUUUGGAUUUAUCAGCACAAGAUCAAUGCCGAGUCCGAUUGGGUUCCGAUGUACUGUUUUGUUGAUUUCGAGUUCAUCCUUGAGGACAUCCGCGGCAUGAACCUCUCACCCUCCAAAAGCGUCACCUCAUGGUUUACGCAGAAGAUCGUCGUAACCCGGUUCACGACGAAGCGCGAGGUACAAGAUGACGGAGAUCUUAAACCGGUCGAGAAGGCUCUGAAUUCCGGCCCGAGCGACGAGAUUGAUGGUGCGUUGAUAAUAGAUCAUAACAAGCUUAAAUGGAGGCGAGAUGGACGAAAUAUUCUGGAACAAACAUUCGCGAACGAUCAGGAAAGAAUCAACGCUUUGGAAAGAUACUUUGGAGUAUCAUUGACCGUGGAAGAUCGCGAAGCCAUACGGGGGACUGCGGGAGAAAUUAAACAAUGGCGUGGAUAUUAG